CGUCGAUAGAUUUCCAUUGCGAUAUCGUUGAGAGAAGAAGCUUUGCAUGUAGGUUGGAAAAGCAUCUCGGAAUCAUGGGUUCAGCGUCACAUCCUGACGCAGACAUCUACCCGGAAGCAACAGGCCCGGCGGCCAAGAUUGUUGCGGCACAUCAGAAGGACGAGCCCAUCACUUUGUACUCGGGAUGGUUUUGCCCGUUCGUGCAACGAGCCUGGAUCACUCUUGAGGAGAAGCAGAUUCCGUACAAGUAUGUCGAGAUCAAUCCGUAUCGGAAGGAACCAAGUUUUCUCAAGCUCAACCCGCGAGGUUUGGUUCCCACCUUAGGCUGUCCUCAAGAGGAUGGGUCAACCAAGCCGCUGAUUGAAUCCAAUAUCAUCUGCGAAUACCUCGACGAGAUGUAUCCAAACCAGACACCCCUGUGGCCACGCGAUCCUUAUAAAAAAGCCGUCAUGAAAGUAUGGGUCGAUCACAUAACGACCAGGAUCCUCCCAGCAUACCAUAGGUUCUUGCAACAUACGGAGAAAAGCCCGUAUACCUUGGAGAAAGCACGGGCGGAGCUCCUGAACGCCCUCAAGACAUGGAUUUCCAACGCAGAUCCUGAGGGGCCAUAUUUCAUGGGCAAAGACUUCACCUUUGGCGAUGUGGCUCUCGCUCCCUGGGCGGUGAGGAUGUGGGUGCUCGACCACUUCAAGGGCGGCCUGGGAAUUCCUCCUCCAGGCCAGGGCGGUGAAGACGAGCAGCUGUGGAAUCGAUGGCGGAAAUGGUUUGAUGUCGUGACAGCGAGGAAAUCCGUGACCGAGACAAUGAGUGACAAGGAACACUACAUGCCUAUAUAUAAGCGGUAUGCGGAAGACCGGGCCAUGAGUGAGAUGGCCAAAGCCAUCAGAGAAGGGAGAGCGGUGCCCUGAAACAAUCAACCAGAGGACGUCAGUCAAAAGUAUGGCAUGCCGUUCUGGAAGAGCUGCCUCGGCCGGCAGGUCAUGAAUUCUGACAAUGAGCGACAGAGCUUGCGAAUAUACAGAACAAGCUGUCAGUGGUCAUAUCAUUCAAUGAGAUCUAUACAACUGUCCAUAGGCUGUGGCGGAAGAGAACUACGGAGCCAUCUCAACACGGAAUCGACGAGGCGGAAAUUUCCU